GCCACUCUGGAGGCCAGGGCUUCCGGUGUGCAGGCCACAGUGGCCCGGCUAGAGAUGGAGGAGCCCGCGGGGAGGUGAUUUUCGCUUCCUUCCCGAUUCUCUGUCAGCGUCUCCCGCUCCGCUCCCUGGUGCUGUAGGAGCCGCUUUUCUCGACCGGGGCCGAGGUGGCUUCGGCCUCCACACCCGCACCCUGGGAGGCAGAAAAGUCAGAUGAAGUCAAAAGAGCAAUAAAGUGUGGUGGAGAAAGAAACAGACAUUGCUCUCCUGCUCUGCAGUUUGGCAGAGCACUAAGAUGUCUGUGGACAUGAACAGCCAGGGCUCUGACAGCAAUGAAGAGGACUAUGAUCCAAACUGUGACGAGGAGGAAGAGGAUGAAGAACCUGGGGACAUUGAGGAUUAUUAUGUGGGGGUGGCAAAUGAUGUGGAGCAACAGGGAGCUGACGCCUUUGAUCCUGAGGAAUAUCAGUUCACCUGCCUGACUUAUAAGGAGUCUGAGAGUACCUUGAAUGAGCACAUGGUCAGCUUGGCCUCUGCAUUAAAGGUUUCACAUGCAGUUGCUAAGCUUGUAUUGGUUAGCUUCCAUUGGCAAAUCUCAGAAAUUUUGGAAAGGCACAAGUCCAAUUCUGUCCAGUUGCUAGCGGAAGCACGAGUACAGCCUGCCUCAUCCAAACAUGCCAUGGUACAUUCCUCUCAGCACUGCGCUGUCUGUAUGCAGUUUGUCCGAAAGGAAAACUUGUUGUCUCUGGCUUGUCAACACCAGUUCUGCCGCAGCUGUUGGGAGCAGCACUGUACAGUACUCGUCAAGGAUGGAGUAGGAGUUGGUGUCUCCUGCAUGGCUCAAGACUGUCUGCUCCGGACGCCAGAAGAUUUUGUGUUUCCAUUGCUACCUAGCGAGGAGCUGAAAGACAAAUACAGACGCUACCUCUUCAGGGAUUACAUUGAGAGCCAUUUCCAGCUGCAGCUCUGUCCUGGUGCAGACUGCCCUAUGGUCAUACAGGUACAGGAGCCCAAAGCCCGCAGAGUGCAGUGCAAUCGAUGCAACGAGGUUUUCUGUUUCAAGUGCCGGCAGAUGUACCAUGCUCCCACUGACUGUGCCACCAUCCGAAAAUGGCUCACCAAGUGUGCAGAUGACUCUGAAACGGCUAACUACAUCAGCGCUCACACUAAAGAUUGUCCCAAGUGCAAUAUCUGUAUUGAAAAGAAUGGUGGCUGCAAUCACAUGCAAUGUUCCAAAUGCAAGCAUGACUUCUGCUGGAUGUGUUUGGGGGACUGGAAGACUCACGGCAGCGAGUACUACGAAUGCAGUCGGUACAAAGAGAAUCCUGAUAUUGUAAACCAAAGUCAGCAAGCACAGGCCAGGGAGGCCCUUAAGAAGUACUUGUUCUAUUUUGAGAGGUGGGAAAACCACAACAAGAGCUUACAGUUGGAGGCACAGACAUACCAGCGAAUUCAAGAGAAGAUACAGGAGCGAGUGAUGAACAACCUGGGCACAUGGAUAGACUGGCAGUAUCUCCAGAAUGCAGCAAAACUACUUGCUAAGUGUCGUUACACGCUACAGUACACAUAUCCAUAUGCCUACUACAUGGAAUCUGGUCCCAGGAAGAAACUGUUUGAAUACCAACAGGCUCAGCUGGAAGCAGAAAUAGAAAAUCUAUCAUGGAAAGUGGAGAGAGCAGACAGUUAUGACAGAGGGGACUUGGAGAACCAGAUGCACAUAGCUGAGCAGAGGAGGAGGACCCUGCUGAAAGACUUCCACGACACAUAAGGUGGCAGAUGUCAAGGCGCAGGGGUGAGAGCAGAGAGCAAGGUGGCGGUGAGAGUGGCGACAGAAGUGACAUGAGCAACUGGUACAGCCCCUUCCGCAGAGAAGGGCUGAGGACAACCCUGCACCCUCCCCAUGCAAACCAGACACGAGCUAGCACCACAGCUUUGUCUUCUUCUGUUUUUCUUCUCUCUUUCUGCUUUUCAUUUCCACCAGGCUAGAGGCUGGAGUUCAGAUUGGCACCUUUUUCCUGGGACAUUUUCCUCCCCAGAUCUUGGAUUGUUCUGGGAGGGAGUUCUAUUUUAUUUUAUUUCCUCAGUGGCUGUUAAUAGUGUUAGACCAUUACAAACUGAUGUAAUUUUCAACGGUUGUACCAUUAUACAAAAUGAACCCUAGAAUAACACAGACCCCUUUUUAAAAAUAAAUUGGAAUUGGAGUGUGUUUCCUUUUUAAUAAGCUGCUUGUAAACUUAAUGGCUGCUUCUCUUCUCCCCACUCGCUCUCCCCUUUUCCUCCCUCAGUUCUCUUUUGCACUGAAGAUUAUGAAAUAGUCCAGCUGUCUUUCUGUUAGCAAAUCUUACCUGCACUACUUGGAUUGCUUGCCCUCAUUUGUGCAUGAGACAAAUGGUGCCUAGCCUGGGAGACAGCAGCUGUGGCCAAGGAUCAGUGUACAGUUGAGUGUCUCUGCUGUUCUUUUCUGGCUAUGGAAGGGGCAGCAGGGCAAAGCUCAGAGCAGCAUAGGAAGUGAUUUCUCUUCUGCAUUGAUUUGGUGCUGUGCUUUGUUUCUCUGGAUUACUCUCUUCCGCCAAAACUAAAAUGCUUGCAGUGUUAUGGGAGCAGAGUUUCACCUCUUAAUAGCGUAACAGGUACUGGUUUUGCUCAGGAGCAGCUGAGUGAGCCAUGUUCCAUCCAUGCAUAUCUGUGCAACUCAGUCAUGCACAUCUUGAUCCUUCUACAUGGCUGUAAUCAAGCUUGAUCCCUCUUGCCCUGACAAGACCAGGUUUCUCUGCUGUGCAUCAAGGUGAAGCCAUUACACUUAACACAAAGCUUGAUAACAAUCCUGGCAGCAUAAGAAGUUCUUAGAAACAAUAUACCAAUAGUAAACUUGCGCAGCUGUUUUGGAAUCUGUUCCACUGCUUGUUGAAAGGCAACCAGCAAAAUUGGUGACUGUGGUGCUCAAGAGUAUUUAGGGUUCAUGGGUGGCUUAUUUUUGGCAGAGGACUAUGAACUCCUGAAUGCGUUGAAUGUCAGAAUGUCCUCCAUUCAUGUUAUCAAGAGGCUGGCUUCAGAACAAUUGUGUAAAGACUACUGUAUAAGAUGUGUAUGGUAUGUAGCCUAAUAUACCUGACUGUCGUGAUAAUCUGCAUAGAGAGGAAGAUGGAGCAGCUGGCUUUCUAUCAAAGUUGCUCUGAAUCCUAAAUGAGAAUAUUGAUGUCACUCUUUUUGGUAAACAAUGUUGCACUGAGCUUUUCUUUUGUGCAUUGAUCAUGACUUUUUCAAUUUGGAUAAGGAGAAUUGACUUUAGAACAUUGUUGUUCUAUGCUUAUUAUACCUGCCUUUCUGGCCUUUCACUGGAAACAUCUUUAUUAUUGUGUUUGGAUUUUGUCCUAAUUCUUGAAGCCAUGCCACCUCCCCGCUUCAGCUGCUACUACUACCUCAAGCACUCCAAGGGAAAAAUAAUGCCUAUCAUCUGCUCUCCUCCUCAGUAAAUGGCCCCAGGACAUUUAAUGUGACACACACACACCCAGUCAGUUAAACAGCUUAAGCAAGUAGGACCCUGAAGCAGAUACUAAGUUACGGCUAACAGUCCAGGAGAGACAGGAAAAGUUCUCCUUUCCACCCCAACAUUCUCUCCUCUUGCUUCUCUGCUCACCCUCUUUCCUUUUCUGUUGGUUUUCUGUAGGUCUCUUGUAACUGAUACCGCAUGAUGACCUCAUCAGGCUUGCUCCUUUAACCCUUGUCAGUCUGCUACCCCACUGAUCUGCUGUAAGCAGAGAUCAUGUGAUUGUGUUCUCUUGGCUGUAGAUGUUUCCAUUUCUCUGCAUGAAGUCCAGAUCUGGACCUUGAUAUAUAGAAACAGACUAAAAUCCUUUAGCAAGUGCAAAAAGGAAUAGUUCAGUGUGUGCGUUGAUUACCUACAGGAUAUGUUAACAGUUGUUGGUUUGAGAUGUAGUGCAUAAUGUACUAGCUAGCAGAGGAUUAUUUCAUUAACCAGCCUACAGUUGGAUAACGAUCAGCCUCUCGAUAGCUGUAGAAGGUAUGGCUUUCAAAUUCCUCAUUUCCAUUGUUGAAUGCUGACCUGCUGUCCUUGCUUGCUUACAUAGUGCUCGUUCUUUGAAGGAAGUGAGCAUUUUUAAAAAUCUUAAGAUUUAAUUUAGACUGAGUUGAUUUGGUUCAUUGAACUAAUCUAGUUAAGGCAUACACACUUCGUAGCUCAGAACUGUCCAGUACAAAAGGAAUUUUGUGACUUGCUCUGCAUUUGCCAUCCAGUUGCUGCUGGUUAACUUGAUUCACACUGCCAUAAGGGUGAGUGAUAGUUAAAUUCACAAGUUUUUAACGAGAUCAAAUGGCUGGAGUCAAUCCCAUACAAUGCUUUAAAUGUGCUAUAUAAGCCACACUAAUGGCUGCCACCCAGUAUGGAACAGGUAGCAUUCAUGUGUAUGAACUACCUUCUUUUUUUAGUCCCAGAGAGAUUAUAAAUCAGCAUGCAUGCAUAAAUAAAUAAAUGAGCCCUCUUUCCAGUGCAUCCUAUUAUAAAAUUGCAUGGUGCUCCAGCUUUACAACUGGUUGGAAUAUGCAAUGCCCUAGGAAUGAUCCUCUUUUACCCUGGAAAAAGAGAAUAGUGUAUUUGAGGUGUGAUCCUGCAGUAGAACUCACAACCAGAUUUCCCCCUUGUAGAAAAUGCUUGCUACUUCAUACCAAGGUGCUUGGGAUUGGAGGAAUGCAAUUAGGAAUUAAUGGCAUCUGAUCCCAGUAGGGAUGUGCACAAACAGCUCGGGCGGGGCAGGGAGCAGUUCCCUUAAAAAGCAGGUAAGCAGGUCCUAACAUGCUCUGCUGCUGCCCCACCGCUUUUCCAGAUUGGCACUUCCUCUACCGAAGCACGUGCAAGACUGUGGCACUGUUCCCUGCGGCCUGUGUGUGGCGGCGGUGGCGGCAUGCGUGGGCUGCAGUUAACAGUGUCAUAGCCAUGUGCAGCCUUUGGCAGAGCGAGCGCUGCACCUAGAAAAGGGAUGAGGUGGCAGUGAAGCAUAUUAGGACCUACCUGCCUGCUUUUUAAGGAAACCACUCCAUGGCCCGACGAACCAUGGCCCAACAGUUUGGCUACGGGUGCCCAAGCUGUUUCGGUGCUUCUAAAGGAGGCGCCGAACCGGUUUGUGCACAUCCCUAGACCCCAGUCUGCACCAACAGGUACUAAAUUUCUCUGGUUGCAGGUUAACAUCCUAUACUGGGAGCAUUUGUCUUUCUCUCUCUGCAAUGCUUGAGCUUAGCCAAACUGGCAGCUGUUUUUCAUCCUUUACUCUGCUUUUUAAAUUUGAGCUUGGUUCAUGUUUUGACUCUAAUGCUAAUUUUAUUUUGGCUUGGCUUACAUUUGGUAUAUUACUUGUCUUGGUUCUCUUUAUAAAAAGAUACGAGAAUAACUAUGGCAAUAUCUUUGCACCAACUUCUGAUAAGUGAACACUGGAGGCUUUCAGGUUACACAGAAUUCUGUUGGGCAGUAGAAUUUGGAGUAACUCAAAAGCUUGUAUGGAGACACCAAAAGAAGCUGUUCAUAUAGGAGAGACCUCUAGCUGGUCUUUUACUUGCUCUCUACUAGCACUCCUUCGUCCACAGCAGCAGCCACGAAUUUUCUGUUGAACCUAAACUACAUGUCUGCUGUUCUGUGCACAGUGUGCCAUGUAGUGCUACAGGAAGAAAUGGAGACUUCUAUCCAUAAUAUUGAACUGUCUCAAUUCAUCUAAAAGUGUUUUGUUUUGUUUUUAAAUCUGCUUCAUUUCUCAAUAGAUUUUUCUAGGAAAAGUUCUUAUGUGCUCACUCAAGUCUGGACUGUUCCAAGUUUUCAGGUAGUAGCUUCUGCUAUGGGAGCUUUUUAUUAUGCAGAGUGCUACAUUAUCAUGGCUGCCUUUGCUCUGUCCCUCACUGAGGUAUGGGGGGGAAGCAAUCUCAAACUGCCAACACUUUUCCGGCAUUAAGGAGGGGAAGGGGCAACGGAAAGAGCUCUUGAAACCCCCCAACCCCCGAAAUUGUUUAUUUGAAAUAAAUUGUGAAUUUCUAAUUUUAAAA